ACUCCAUCUCUUCUCCGUCCUAUUAUCGUGAUCUUCAUCAGCCUUCAACAAUAAGCACCAAAAACAAGGCAGCAGCAAUGUCUUCAACUAUCUUCCGCCGCUCGUCUGCCCUCCUCCGCCCCGCCUCGUCCGCUCGGCUCGCCCGCCCGGUAGUGUGCUACUACCACCCGCCCGAGGUCCACAGCACCAAGGAUGAGGAUUUCUUCAUAGCAGCCUCCUUCCCCGACGACUUCGAAAAGCCCCCUAGUCUCGUCAAGCACAACCAGAAAGAGAGCUCGGGACAUUGGGACGAGCUGCACGCUACAUGGAGUGAGGUUUCGGUGAAAGCCGAUCGCGGCGACAUCAACAUCCAACAACAGAAAACCAAGAAGGGGCAUUUGGACGACACAUUUCAGCCGGAGUCGGAUCUUGAGCCGAAGAUCGAUGAGAUGUGAUAUUUCUUGAUUGUUCUUGAUCCUUCAUCGAUGCUCUUAUUUUAGCUGACGAUGGGUGAUACUGGUGGGCUUAGUGUUGAUCUUCUGCUUUAUGCUUGUGCUUGAUGUCGGUGUUGUGUUGAUUGGAGUUGACAGGUACAGAUUGUAUACUUACGUCGGGUGUCUGGUGAGUUUUUGUUCUGGUUCUUGCUUGUUUUAUAUUUCUCUCGAUGUGGCCGGUCCAGACUGUCUUACGUUGUGCUUUGUAUCUUGUACGGUAUAUGAAUAUUGAUCGUGAUUUUUUUUACA